AUGGCGAUGGACGGUAUGUCCACGUCUCCAGCGGGGCUCUCGUUCCACAAUGGCUCGGACUUUUAUCCGAGGAAGCUGGGCCCGAAGCCGGACGUGGUGCCGUCCGGCGUCACGGAGAGGAAAGUCGGGGCCGUGGACAAGCCUGACAUGGUGGCGGUGGAUGUCAUCAACUUCCAGGACUCGGACACACCUUUACACCGAAAGAAGCAGGAAACAGACACCUAUGUUCUGGGCACCAUUCACCCCUUCCGCAAGACGCACAAGUCCUUCUUGGGAAAGUUCGUUCAAGAGUUCAAUCUGGUUGCGUCGGAUCGAAGGUCGUGGAAGAUUUUGCUCUUUGGGGUGAUGAACGUGAUUUGCACAGCCUGCCUGCUGAUGUGGUGCAACUCCACAAACAGUAUGGCUUUAACAGCUUACACUUACCUCACCAUCUUUGAUCUCUUCAGUUUGAUCACCUGCCUGAUGAGCUCCUGGGUGACGAUGAAGAAACCAAGCCAGCUCUUUUCUUUUGGUUUCGAGCGGUUCGAGGUGCUGGCAGUGUUUGCCUCCACAGUGCUGGUUCAGCUAGGCGCUCUGUUUAUUCUCAAGGAGAGUGUGGAGCGGUUCGUGGAGCAGCCGGAGGUGCACACGGGGCGCCUUUUAGUCGGGACCUUUGUGGCUCUCUUUUUUAACCUGUUGACUCUGCUUUCGGUGAAGAACAAGCCGUUCGUCUACGUGUCUGAAGCUGCCAGCACCAGUUGGCUCCAGGAGCAUGUAGCUGACCUGAGUCGAAGUCUCUGUGGGAUCGUCCCAGCGUUGAGCAGCUUUCUUUUGCCCCGAAUGAAUCCCUUUGUCCUGAUCAACCUGGCUGGGGCGUUCGCUCUUGGGAUCACUUACAUGCUGAUAGAGAUCAACAACUACAAUGCAGUGGACACGGCCUCCGCAGUGGCGAUCGCCCUGAUGACCUUUGGUACAAUGUACCCCAUGAGUGUGUACAGCGGAAAGGUCCUUCUACAGACCACACCUUCUCAUGUCAUCGGUCAGCUUGACAAGCUCCUCAGAGAGGUCUCUACGCUGGACGGAGUUUUGGAAGUGCGGAACGAACACUUCUGGACUGUAGGCUUUGGCUCUUUGGCUGGCUCCGUCCAUGUCCGCAUUCGCCGGGAUGCCAACGAGCAGAUGGUCUUGGCCCACGUGACCAACCGCCUCCACACGCUGGUCUCCACACUGACCGUUCAGAUCUUCAAAGACGACUGGACCCGCCCAUCCCUGGUGUCUGGCGUUUUGCCAGCCGCCACACUUAGCGCGUCAGAUUACGGCGGGGCAUCUGGGUUCCUCCCCCCGGCCUCAUCCAAACAGGCCGAGGAGCUGGACCCCCUCACCUCCACCCCGACCAAGCCGAGCAGCCCGCCGCCCGAGUUCGCCUUCAACACCCCUGGAAAGAACAUCCAGCCUGUGGUGUUACCGAGCACCCAUCAGCACAGGCCCUACAACCUGGGCCUCGCCUACGGGGCCUCACCCUACACCAGCAUGCUCAACCAAGGCUUCACACAGCCAGGCGGCGGCCUGGGGGUUGGCGCUGGCUUAGGAAUGGGAGCACGACUGCCCUCAGUCCAGGGCUACAGGACUUCGUUCAGUGCGGCUCCACAUAGAUACGGAAGCAAUCUGCUGCCUUCACAGACGAGCCAGUACAGACCCUGA